AUGGGCAAGAUUCAAGGUGGAGAUGUUGUUGAAAUGCAAGGAGAUGAAAUGACCAGGAUCAUCUGGGAUCUGAUCAAGGAGAAGCUUAUCAACCCUUAUGUUGAUCUCAAGAUCCACUACUUUGACUUGGGAAUUGAGAACCGUGACAAGACUGAGGAUCAAGGUAGAUAAUAUUUUUAUAAAUGUGAUGUUAUUUUAAUUCAUAUAUAUGAUUAGAUCAAAAUUUUGAAUAAAAACGAAAAAAAUAACAUUUUCUUAAUUUCAGUAACCAUUGAUGCCGCUGAAGCCACAAAGAAGUACAACGUUGCUGUCAAGUGUGCGACCAUUACUCCAGAUGAAGCUCGAGUGGAAGAGUUUAAGCUGAAGAAGAUGUGGAAGAGUCCCAACGGUACUAUCAGGAACAUUCUGGGUGGUACUGUGUUCAGAGAACCUAUUAUCUGCAAGAACGUGCCAAGAUUGGUCACUGGAUGGGUCAAACCAAUCAUUAUCGGUCGUCAUGCUCAUGCUGAUCAAGUAAGGUGUUAUUAGUGUUUGUCUGGUGUGGCUAACAGCUUUUUAAUAGAAUUGAGUCAGCUUUUCAUUAGCUAUUUUAGUUAAUUUCAAACUGUAUUGGUUAUUAAGCUGAUGUUUUAAAGUUACUAAAGCUUUGAUAAUAUUAUACUUUUAGUACAAAGCCACAGACUUUGUGGUCCCAGGAGCUGGUAAGGUAGAACUGGUCUAUACUCCAGCUGAUGGCGGAGAGAAGGUCGCUUAUGAAGUUCACAACUAUCCUGGUCCAGGCGUGUCGCUAGCCAUGUACAAUACUGAUGAGAGUAUCCGUGACUUUGCCGUAUCUUCAUUUGAAUACGCUUUGCAAAGGAAGUAUCCUUUGUAUUUGAGGUAAGUUUUUACGUUUACUUUGUGUUGUUUACUCUUACAGUAAUUAUUUAUGUUAUUUUGGUUUUAUAUUGGUUAAAAUCUAUAUCUUUUUGUAAUGAUUCUGUUAUUUUUGUAUUUUUAUAUAAUCAUUUAUAUCUUUCAGUACGAAGAACACGAUUCUGAAGAAGUACGAUGGCAGAUUCAAGGACAUCUUCCAAGAAAUCUACGAGAAGGACUACAGAGCCAAGUACGAAGCUGCUGGUAUUUGGUACGAGCAUAGACUGAUCGAUGACAUGGUAGCUCAAGCCAUGAAGUCCGAGGGUGGUUUUGUGUGGGCUUGCAAGAACUAUGACGGAGAUGUUCAGUCGGAUUCUGUAGCUCAAGGCUACGGAUCUCUGGGAUUGAUGACUUCUGUGUUGAUCUGUCCUGAUGGAAAGACUGUGGAAGCUGAAGCUGCUCACGGUACCGUCACCAGACAUUACAGGUUCCACCAGAAGGGACAGGAGACUUCUACUAACCCUAUUGGUAUGUUAGAAAAGUAACAAUUAUAGUUGUGACUUAAAUAUUCAAUUUUAAUCUCUUACUUUAUCGUAUUUUAGCGUCUAUCUUCGCUUGGACUCGAGGCUUGGCCCAUCGUGCCAAAUUGGACAACAACAACGACUUGGUUGUGUUUGCUGACAAUCUCGAGAAGGUUUGCGUCGAGACAAUCGAACAAGGGUUCAUGACCAAGGACUUGGCCAUCUGCGUUAAGGGUACUACUAAAGUCGACCGGUCGGACUACUUGAACACUUUCGAGUUCUUGGACAAGCUGGCUGAGAAUCUAGCCAAGAAACAAAGCUCAAAAUUGUAA